CCCAAUUUCCGGUUCCGGCAGUACCAGGAGCCGGGUCGAGAUGGGGGAAGAUGCGAGCGGAGGCCGGCGGUCGCCGGGCAUGGAGGCUAGAGUGGGAGCUGUGGCCUAGAGGUCCGGGCUUGGAGUUCGCCUCGGACGCGGCGGAACCGCCGUGAUCGGAGAAGGUCUUCAGGCGCCAUGGAGGACAAACGCAACAUCCAGAUCAUCGAGUGGGAACACCUGGACAAGAAGAAGUUCUACGUGUUCGGUGUGGCAAUGACGAUGAUGAUCCGUGUCAGCGUCUACCCCUUUACCCUCAUCCGCACCCGGCUGCAGGUUCAGAAAGGCAAGAGCCUCUACCACGGGACUUUUGAUGCCUUCAUCAAGAUCCUGCGAGCAGACGGCGUGACUGGCCUCUACCGGGGGUUCCUGGUCAACACCUUCACCCUCAUCUCUGGCCAGUGCUAUGUCACCACGUACGAGCUCACCCGGAAGUUUGUCGCCGACUACAGCCAGAGCAACACGGUCAAAUCGCUGGUGGCCGGUGGCUCGGCCUCCCUGGUGGCCCAGAGCAUCACGGUGCCCAUCGAUGUGGUGUCCCAGCACCUGAUGAUGCAGCGCAAGGGCGAGAGAAUGGGCCGCUUCCAAGUGCGAGGGAGCCCGGAGGGACGAGGGGUGGUUGCCUUCGGCCAGACCAAGGACAUCAUCAGACAGAUCUUGCGGGCUGAUGGGCUUCGAGGCUUCUACCGAGGCUACGUGGCUUCACUGCUUACCUACAUCCCAAAUAGCGCCGUCUGGUGGCCCUUCUAUCACUUCUAUGCAGAGCAGAUCUCGUACCUCUGUCCUAAGGAGUGCCCGCACAUUGUCUUUCAAGCCGUCUCGGGGCCCCUGGCCGCGGCCACCGCUUCCGUCCUGACCAAUCCCAUGGACGUCAUCCGAACCCGAGUGCAGGUUGAAGGCAAGAGCUCCAUCAUCCUGACCUUCAGACAGCUGAUGGCAGAAGAGGGGCCUUGGGGCCUCAUGAAGGGCCUCUCUGCCAGAAUCAUCUCAGCCACGCCCUCCAGCAUUGUCAUCGUGGUGGGCUACGAGAGCCUCAAGAAACUCAGCCUCCGGCCUGAGCUGGUGGACUCGAGACACUGCUACCAGAGAUUCACCGACUGUUACAAGCGCCUCUACCAGCUGCAGCCUGAGAUGACGCAACGAAUCUACGACAGGUUUAUCACCCAGUUGCAGACGUCUGUCCGGGAGGAAAUCUCCGAAAUCAAAGCAGAGGGGAACCUGGAAGCCGUCUUGAAUGCCUUGGACAAGAUCGUGGAAGACCGCAAGGACCAGGAGGAGCCGGCCUGGCGCCCGAGCGGGAACCCGGAGUCGGACCUGCGCAGCGCCCUGGUGCCCUACUUCCGGCAGCAGCGGGACGCCUUGCAGCGGCACGUGCGCAAACAGGAGGCGGAGAACAGGCGGCUGGCGGAGGCCGUGGUGGCCGGGCGCCAGCAGGUGCAGGAGCUCCAGCGGCGGGGCCAGGCCCGGCAGCAGGCCUGGCAGGCCCUGCACAGAGAACAGAAGGAGCUGGUGGCUGUGCUGGGGGAGCCGGAGUGAGGAGGCGACGGCCGGACCAGGAGCAGAGGGCCGUCGAGGUCGAGGGCCUGGCCUCCGAGAACCACUGGCACGGUGCCCAGUCCCUGAGUGGGGAUGGAAUUAGCUGGAGGAUGAGGCCUGUCUAUCCUGCUUUGGGGGCUCCCCUGGGGUCCCCCCCAACACACACACACACACACACACUUCAGAUUCUUCCCUGUUUUCUUGUAACUAGGACUGUUGGGCAGCUCCAAUCCCAGGAGUCAGGUCCCUGCCUGCUCCUGACCCCCUCCUCUCCCCCCCCCCCAACUCAGGGAGUCUGUGUUCGUUCUCCACUGAUUGCCCCCUUGCCGGCCAGCCUGAGGACCCGUGCCAUGUUCUCCCCACAUCCGUAAAUAAACUUCCUGCACUUCCUA